AUGAUACCUUCUACCAUCGUCACAAUCUGGACCUUCCUCGUUGGUCGUUCCGAAGCACGCCAGGCUCAGAAAGCUGCCAUACGACUCGCCCGCAACGCGGAGGCCAAUAACCUCAGGCGCGACCGCAAGCGCGAGCAGGACGCUCAUCAAGAAACGUGCGAUGCUCUCGAGGACUCGAAGCAAGCCCAUCAGCUCGAGCGCGAGGCCCACCAACGGACGAAGGACGCCGCGAAGGAAGCCGACAAACUCAAGGACGCUACUCAUCGGCGGGAGACCUCAAACCUGCUCGCUAACUCCGACAAGAAGAGCGGCCGCAUCGAGGAGCUCUUGAAAGCUUGCAAGACCGGGAACUUCGCGUAUUGCGCGUUGGAAGCUGCAUACGACAAGCUCCUGGCAAAGCUCGACGACAUCGACGGUCAACUCAAGCUCAAAGACGCCCAAGUUCGAAAGGCCCAGCGCGAGGCCGAUCAGUUGCGGGAGGAAGUAGGGGACCUCAAGACCACUCAUCAGGCCGAGCGCAUGGUAGACCAAUUCGCCAUCAUCGAGAAGGACGAGCGCAUCGCCAAUCUUACGAACGAACGGGACACUGCCAAUGCAGGCAAGGAUCGUGCCGAGCAACAGCUUGGCGCCGCGGACCAGACCAUCCACCACCUCCGGUCUGACGUCCACGUAUCGCAGCAAUCCACGCGCGACGCCGAGGCCGCUAAGGCGAAGUGCAUCGCUGACUUCGAGGAGCAACGCCGUGUCUUCUCCGACAAGGAGGCACGCCUUACUUCCAGGGCCGAGGCGGCCGAGCAGGGAGAGCGCGAAGCGAAGGCCGUAGCCGCGGAAGCUACCCAUCGCUUUGAUGCUCUCCACCAGGAGCGACUUGCCUCGAAAGAGAGCGAGGAGCAACUGAAGCUCGAGUUCGCCGAAACCCGGGCCAAGCUCUCCGAGACCGAGGACGAGCUCGUCGAUACUCGUCGCCAGCUCGCUGAAACCCGGAACAAGCUCCAGUUUUCCGAAGCUCGCGAAGAAGGCCUCAAGGUCGACAUCGUCGGCUUGGAGGUCGCGCUAUCCUCGGAGCGCAGCGAGAACGAUGAUAACCUUGUGAAGCUUAACGCGGCGCUCGACGAGACCGACACUUUGCGCACUCAACUCGAGGGGACCCAGGCUGACGGGCAGGCUACUAAGCCUGCUGCGCAGCCCCUCUCUGCAAUCGUGUCUCUCGCCGACUCUGACGAAGACUCUCGCACUCCCUCUCUGACGUUCUGCGAAUCGGACGCCUUCACUCGUGAUGGCCCGAAGAACCUCUCAGACGAGUCUUACGUCCCCGCCCGGCCUUCGACGCCUGUAUCGGAUGGUCUCAACGCGCUCACGAUGCCGACUGUCGAGCAUGUCACCUCUGACGCUCGCGCUGUUCACAUCGUGACCUCAACAUCCGCGCUCCCUACCUCGCACCUCGAGCCUGCACGCGACUCGGCCCUCAAGCGCACUCUUGCGUCGCGGCGCCCUCCUCCUGUAACCUCCGGGUUCUUGCAGUCAGUGGAGUUCCGCACAAUGGAGCUCCCUCUCUUCCCCGUCGUCGCGGUGAAGACGUCGGCCGUACGGCCCACGGACAUGCCCGAUAUCUUCUCUCCGUCUUGCCUCUCCGGCUCGACUCGCGCUGGCAAGCGCUUCAUGCGCCACCUCGCUGGUCAUCCUCCCUCCCGGGCUCAUACGAGCCUAGCGUUCCUCAUCCGCCGGUGCACUACUUGGCCGCGCGCGUUCACGUACUGUACGGUCGUCCCAUGA